GAAAUCAAGUCCUCGUUUGCAAACUUUCCUCACAAACAGCGUUUAACUUUCAUCUAAAGCGGGCGACACAGCGUGUUCGGUUAGAGGGUGGUUUCGGAGCCGCCACGGCGCGUUUCAGCCGCUUGUUUGAGGCGUAAACAGUGUAAAACAGGAGUUGUGGGUGGGUUUGACGGUUAUGGCAGCACCGCGACCCAUUAAAGGCAUUCUGAAGAACAAAUCCAGUAUUAAAGUCCGAGCAGAAGAACCAGUUCAGGACAUCCCAGAGCCCGGAGCCCCUCUAAACUCUGAAGACGACCCUCAGAAAAAGUCACAGAAAUGGGAUGAAAUGAACAUUUUGGCCACAUAUCACCCGGCGGAUAAGGACUACGGGCUGAUGAAGAUUGACGAGCCCAGCACGCCAUACCACAGGAUGGUGGGCGAUGAGGAGGACGAGGGGGCGCUCAGCGAUUCGGAGGGGAACACGGCGCUGCCCGGCGAUGACCUCGCUCAGAAGCUGGCAGCAGCGGCGGCAGAGGGAGCGGAGUCUCGCUUCAUGCAGGAGCCAGAAGAGGAGAGCAGUGAAGAAGAAGAAGAAGAGCUCAGUCCAGAGGAACAAGCAAGAAAAAAGCAGUUCCAGAUGAUGAGGAAGAUGCAUUAUAAUGAAGGUAUGAACAUUAAACUGGCCCGGCAGCUGAUCGCCAACGAGCUGGAGGAGGAGGAUGAGGAUGAAGAUGAAGAGAUGAAGGAUGACACAGAGACUGAGGACAUCACCGUCGACCCCCCGCAAGAUGCGGACUCGUUGGACUCCUAGAGAUGUCCAGAUUAGUCCUUCAGCUCCUGCCUUUUCUGAUGAACCUCUGGAAGGCGCAGAGUGUGUGUCGUCAGCGGUUCACCCUGUUUCCACCAAUGCCACGCAUAUCAACCAGCUCCCUUAUUUGCCAAAACGUUUAUUGUUGUCACGCUAGGAAAAAAAGAGCGACUCCUGGACUCCCGAGAGCGUUGGAGACUCGUGCAAACAACUGCCAGGCCACUGUGAAGUGUGCUUGACCUUUGACCCCAGCGCCGCUGUUCCCCAUCUGCCCAUCCACACACACAUAUACACAUACGCUGUCUGUUUUCCCCGGCGCCGCUCAUACUGACCCGUUACAGACCCGAGUAUUGUACUAGCAGGUGGUUUUACACUGGUAAAAGGGGACUGGUGUGGUCUUAAACCGCACACAUGAGCUCUACUGUAUGCAUGGCUUCUAUAAACCAUGCUUAACUGCAUUGGCACUAAUCGUUUCUCCCCUGUGUAUCCAUUAAUGGGCGAUUAUUACACUACUAGUGAUAAAACUACUGAUCUGGUAGACUGAACCCAAAACUACAGCAGCUUUUCUGAAGCUCUUUGUCUUGGUUAACUUGUUUUGAUUGCCUUUUUUUGCCAUUAUAAUGCGGUUGUUUAAUUCUUUUUCUUUUUUUUAAUGAGGAAUAUAAUUAUCCUGUGGUACCAAAUAAAAUAAGAAAUCUUUUUGAUA